AUGAGUCCUAGAGAUUUCCUGUACCGGUUGAGAAGGAGUUUAGAAAAAAUUAAAAUAUCAAAGAAAAUCGCCAUUGUGGUCACUUUUAUAGUCACUUUAAUAUUUUAUCUUAGUCCUUACUGGAGAUCAUCCAACAACAGAAGUCUAGAGUACGAUGAAUUAUUUAUGAAAAAUGGUCUAUUUGAGAAGCUAUCUUUUCAUAAACAAGCUUAUGAUAUGUUUGAUGCAAACAUUAAGCACGAGCCACUGGAUACUGAUGAAAAACCAUACAAAGAAUUUAUAGGAAAUGGUUAUUUCGGAAUGACACUUGAUUAUGAUUCUCCAAUCUAUAUAAAAGGCAACAGAGCAUUGUCAAUACCUAUUUAUUGGUAUCCAGUAAUCAAAAUAGAUAUUGAAGCUCCAUCACAAUUGGCUACAGUUGUCAAUUAUAAAAAUGGUAUAGCGUACCGAUACGAAUGUUUUUCCAACAGACUCCAAAGUAGUAUUAAAUACUUUGCAUUCCGAGCCUUACCAACAAUUCUUGUUCAGGAUAUAGAACUAACAAAUCCUACAGAUUAUGUACUGUACGCUAAACUUAAGCAACACUCUCAUAAACAUGGUUGGUCAAUGUAUAGCACACGCCCCAUAAAAUUAGCUGACCAGACUGAAAGUUAUAUAGUUGAAUCUGGUAUUAGUACAUCAACAUCUGAAAACCCAAUUUAUGGUGUUUCGAUAACAUACUCUCAAUUUCCAAUAAAUGUUAAGGUUGCACCACAUAGUAUAUUUAAAUUACGUAUUAUUAUUUCAAUUGAAUAUUUGGCUUUGAAAAAUUCCUUAGAGUUUACUGGAGUUAGGUCAACUUUAGAAAAAAAAUCAAUUGAAUCAAUAUUGAAAAUCUUACACUAUGAAAACAUUGAGAAAACACAUAUUGAUAUUUGGGAGAAGCUAUGGAGUACUGGAUUCUCAAUAAGCAUGUCAAAAGCCAGUGGCGUUUUAAAUGGUGAUUUAAUCAAUGCAACUGUGUAUAGUGUUCUAUCCAGUGUUCGAGCACCUUCCUAUGAAAUUACAUCUUCUCCUGCUGUUCUUGCUAAAGUUGCAAGUAGUCUUUCAUAUGUUGAAGGUUGUUAUGGUGCAAACCAUGACACUUUACAAGCUGUAGGUUUAUGGUCAAAUCUUUCUUCAAUUGAAAAAAUCAACAAUGCUGUGUCAUUAUGGAUUCUUACUUUGGAAAAACAAGGAUGCCAUAAUCUUGUUAAUGCAGGAGCUUCUGGAAUAGCUCAAGCAAUGGUUUUAAGCUUUGGAAAUUUCAGAUUUUACAACCAACAUUUGCAAUUUAAUAUGCAUCCAAAAUUUUUACACAGAGAUUUUCAUUUCCGGCGUAUCAACUAUGGAAAUAUGACUCAUAUAAAUGUGACAGUUUCAGUCCAAGAAAAUAAUAAAGCCAUUAUAUUUGUAGCUAUAGACCGCAGUGAUAAGAAUUAUUAUGCUUGUGAUGGUGGAUGCUUAGAUGAACCUGUUUUGUUAGGACCAGAGUAUAAAACGUUUCCAGUUAAGCUAACAGAUCCUGUAACUGGAAUAUUAUAUUUGACCUAUGAUAAAAAACACAUGGAAGACUUAAAACAUGCAAUUCAUGUUAAAGAAGUUUCAGAGGCUCCUGCUCAUGAACACCAUGUAUUAGCACUUCAUAAACAUGGACAUCGUCUUGGAGGAUUGCCAACAUUUUUCUGGGUAGCAAUUGGUUGUUUGAUUGUCAUAUUCCACCUUUUCCUAUUCAAACUAAUUUACAAUGAAUACUUUAACUGGCAAGAUAAAUCAAGAAUAAAAUAUGACCAUCUUCAAUUAGAAAGAACUGAAAAAUGGACUACUUUCGGGAAAGAAGAAGAGCAACUUUUUUAA